CCAGUAGAGGACGUUGUAAACUCAGCGUGUCCACUACUAGUGGAUGUUCUCCGCAUCCUGUGUGUGUGCGCGUGGAAGUGGAGGGAGGUGUGUUCAGGUGCUUAGAACAAAGAACUUGAACACCUGUGCGUGUGCCUAAUGCGAUCUUUUUGGAUACCUAUUCCAAGUAUUUGCACUUUAGUAAAGUAGGUAUUUAUUUACAUUUGCGCAGAAAUACUGUAGUUAUCUGUUUAUCCGAGGCAAAACAGUGGUGUGGUGGGGAAAGCUUUGUUGUUUUGCAUUAACCUGCUGGUUUAGUUAGCUACAGUUAGUUUAAAGGUGCUAUUUGGAGAAGAUGUCCACUGGCUGCCAGACAAGCGGUGCUACGGCCAUUCCAUCGACCAGGAGGGUGACCAUCCACGAUGCCGAGCAUAUGCCACAUGACUACUGUACUACACCCGGAGGGACCCUUUUCAGUACCACCCCCGGUGGUACCAGGAUUGUCUAUGAUAGAAAAUUCCUGCUGGGUUGUCGCAGCUCUCCCGCGGCCAAGACUCCACCGCAAGGUCUUCCAGACAUUCCUGGUGUGACAAGUCCUCCCCCCACAGAAACCAAUGAGAAGAACACCAGCGAUGGAGAACUACUGAACAACAACACAUGUGCUGCAAGCAAUACCACUGGUGAUGAUGCACAGUUUGAAAUGGACAUCUGAGUGGUGCUGAAGCAAGUCAUGUCAGACAUACCAACAAGAUGCUGUGAAGAGAGGCUCAAGGGUACCAUCUUGUCCAGUGAGCUGUUCCAUGAAGACGGGAUUUUCUUUAGAAUCUCAUUUUCCUCUCUUGUUUCUUUGCCCUCGAAGAACAUCUUUCUGCAUCGACACUGAAAACUGAUACACGUGCGAUAAAGUGUGCCUUUAUCUGAUGGCAACAAGUAGAAAAUGUAUACUUAUUGCCUGCGCUGAAAUCAGAAUUCUAGCGACCAUUCCAUUCCACAAUUUGUCCCACGAUGUGCAUUUUCAGAUGCUGCCUUGAAUGUCUGUCUGAGAUACUGAAUCAUUUGCGACUGUGCUCUUGAAACACAUUCUGAAAUAGAUCAGUCACAGUUUGCAGUGUGACAAAAUUAAAGUAAAUGCAU